AUGGGGAUUCCCGAGCAUUCUGGGCCGGCAGAACUGUACUACGACGAAGAAGAAUCUUUGAAGUAUACGCAAAACAGCAGAAUAGUCUAUAUCCAAAGACUACUUGCUCUUAGAUGUCUUGAGCUCCUUGAGGCAAAGGAUGGAGGACUACUCCUAGAUGUUGGCUGUGGGUCUGGACUUAGUGGGUCUGUUCUCACAGAAAACGGAUAUCCAUGGGUUGGGAUUGACAUAAGCAUGGAAAUGUUGAAGCUCGGAAUGGAAAGAGAAGAAGGGGUUGGAUACAUAAGAAUGGAUAUGGGAAAGGGACUGGACUUUCAACCCGGGACAUUUGACGGAGUGGUGAGUGUCAGUGCAAUCCAAUGGCUAUUCCACUCGUACUCAUCGGAAGAUCAUCCUGUGCGCAGAAUCAGAACAUUCUUCACAACCCUCUAUUCUGUCUGUAAGCCCGAUGCUAAAUGUGUCCUUCAAUUUUAUCUGAAGAGCCAAAAUCAGAUCGAGAUGUUGAAGAGUGAGGCUAUUCGUGCAGGAUUUAGUGGAGGGAUACAAAUAGACAACGAAGGAACACGAAAUGUCAAGAGCUUUUUGGUUCUUACAUCUAACAGGGAAGCAAGAUGCAGAAAGGAGAGGAAGAAGAAGGGGAUUGGAAGAAUAGAUGCAAUUCUAAGAAGAAAAGAGAAACUAAAGCUUAAAGGCGUCGAAGUUCCACGGAACACGAGGUAUACAGGUAAGAAAAGAUCGAGAAGAUGA